GCGUCUCCCGCGGGGACCAGCAUGCUCUGCUCUCUGUCUCGCUACAGCCGUUACAUCUCCGUCCUGGACGCCGACCGGAAGACCCUCCGUUGCCCCGGUUACCGCGGAACCCUCCUGGCCAACGUGGCGGACCACCGUACCCACCUCCGCCGAGGCUCCACCUACUUCCUACAUCUCCAGAACACGCUCGGUAGACUGGCUGCGCGGGCCUUCCUCCUUAGCUUUACACAUCACCUCCACCUUCCCAUCAGCCACCUGGAGCAGAGACAGGAAGUAGAAGAGAGGACGCGGGGCUUCCUGAGGGAUCAGCUCAGGCUUGGGGAAGACGACUGUGCCGUCCUGAUGUACCUGAGUCAGCUGAUCACACAGCACUACCUGGAGAUGGACAACACGCCUGGAACCACACAGCAGGACCUGGAAGCUAACAACAUACUAGACCCUGCCACAGGGGGCGCUAUAACCCCAGAGCAGUACCUAGACCCUACCACUGGGGGCGCUAUAACCCCAGAGACGGGCGUAGACCCCACCACUGGGGGUGCUAUAACCCCAGAGCAGUACCUAGACCCAGCCACAGGGGGUGCUAUAACCCCAGAGACGGGCGUAGACCCUGCCACUGGGGGUGCUAUAACCCCAGAGCAGAACCUAGACCCAGCCACAGGGGGCGCUAUAACCCCAGAGCAGAACCUAGACCCAGCCACUGGGGGUGCUAUAACCCCAGAGACGGGUGUAGACCCUACCACUGGGGGUGCUAUAACCCCAGAGACGGGUGUAGACCCUACCACUGGGGGCGCUAUAACCCCAGAGACGGGCGUAGACCCUACCACUGGGGGCGCUAUAACCCCAGAGACGGGCGUAGACCCCACCAGCCUUCAGUCUGCUACUAGGAGCAGAGCCCCACCCAGCUUCACCUUUAACUACACCUCUAGUCUCUUAUACAAGAUCUGAUCUGAAACAUUGACUGAGGGAGAAUCUCCUAGAGCCUGAGAGCCUUCAAGUCCUCUCUACUCACCUCCCUCAAAACAACACUGGAGGAGAAGAUCUGCGGAGAUUCACUCUAGGUUGGAGACGGAGGGCCUGUCUCUGUCUCCUAGGUAACCAGGAGAGACUGAGGGUGUUUAGUGAAUGUAAUGUCACAAGUGUUCACGUCAGUGACGUCGCAAUCAUGCUGUCCAUCCGUCCUUCUGAU